CCAACUUCUCUCUACAACAAUCCUCUUUGGAAAGAACACCUUCACCUGAUUCUUCGAAGCGGGCAAACCACCGCGAAACCACUUACGAACGUGCAAAAUACCCUAGCCAAAAUGUCUACUACCACAGAGACUCGGAAGCAGUUCAUCUUGUCGGGCUGCCGAGGUCGGCAACUCGCACCACCAUGCAAAGUCCUCCUUCCAUGGAACCUGGACAGCCAGGAUCUAGUCAGUUUCCCAGCGUUCAACGAAUGGCUCUCGAAGCUGCUGGACAACCUCAAGCUGCAGGAAGACCCAGCCCACACCUUCCACAGUAAUGCGUACAAGCUCCGCGAAAUCGACGUCCAGGCAGUCGACUGGUUCGGCAAGAUCGAUCCCAAGACCGGGAAGAGUGGCAAACUAGGCUUCAUCAAGAUGCAGGUCAAGGUCGAGAGCGGGCCCAACGAGGGCGAGACCGAUGAAAUGGAGCUCAGAAAGCCCAGACAGUCUCUACCAGGCGCUGUCUUUCUUCGGGGAGGAAGCGUCGGGAUGCUAAUCAUCCUCCAACCCAACGACGUCCCCAAGGACUCAGAGAAGGACAAAUUCGCCCUCCUCACCAUCCAGCCCCGCAUAGCCGCCGCGUCGCUCGCCUUCGCAGAGAUCCCCGCCGGCAUGCUCGAGGGCCACUCGUUCACCGGCACCGCGGCGAAAGAGAUCAAAGAGGAGACCACGCUUGUCGUCAAACCCGACGACCUGUUCGCCCUCUCCGAGAACGUGGUUACCCAGUCCACGAUCACGCCGUGGAAGAGGAACACGUCACCGCAGCACAGCCAUGCACGAGAAAAUCUCCACAACGCAAUGUACCCCAGCAUGGGCGCUUGCGACGAGUUUCUCCCCCUGUACCUGUGUCAGAAGAGGGUGCCGAGAGGGAAGUUGCAGGCGCUCCAGGGUAGAGCGACCGGCCUGCGGGACGAGGGCGAGAUGAUUACGCUCAAGCUGGUCCCGCUUGACGAGCUGUGCGUCCAUGGUGGGCGCGAUGGGAAAGCGCUGUCGGCUUAUGCGUUUUACCAGUACCAUCGGAGCAAGAACCCGGAGGCCUUGCUGGACAAAGUCACUGAGGAUGGUCUUGAGGAGCUUAAAUAGACAAGUCUGAAAUAGACGGAGGAAUAUACCUCUUUCUCUCUUCAGCUCCUAACAUAUUUACGAUACCUUUCAUUUCUGUUGACUUGCUCUCCCUACACAUCUUAAGACUUU